AUGUAUUACAUUGACAUGGUUGAAACGAAACCUUCUCCCGCAAUUUCGAUAAUUGAAACAGACUGUGAGGUAGAUUUUGCCCCACCUCUUGAUUACAAAGAACCUAAGAGAAAUGAUACGCGUGAGGGAAAUGGCACAAGAUCAUUUCAGUUUCAAGAUGUGUUCUCUCUGGAAAGUGAAGAUUCUGAUGACGUGACAACUUUGAUUGACAAAAAGGACAAUGUCUUUGUGAUGUCAAACAAGAAAUCCAAAUAUCCAGUGCUUCAAGUGGAUUUGAGGCUAAUAUCAGAUUUGGUGGUCAUCAUAGUUUCUGCAGCCAUUGGUGGAAUAGUCUUUUCCUGUUUGGGUAUCGCCAUUAGUCUUUAA